GGGCAAUUUCCAAUCAAACGACAAUGCUGACGAGGUCGCUUCGAUGCCAGGCCCGCGCCAUAUCCACGGCCAAGCUCCCCACGACGCCGUCGCCACCUUUUCCUGACGAGUAUCCCCAUGCGCUGAUGCGCACGGCGUCGCCUGGCCCGCGGUCGAUCGCUUUGAGCAAAGAGCUCGCAACGAUGCAACACACCGCCGCAGUGCACUUCUUCGUCGACUACAAAGCAAGCCGUGGCAACUACAUCGUCGACGUCGAUGGCAACCGCUACCUCGACGUGUUUUGCCAAAUCGCGUCGUUGCCCAUCGGGUACAAUCACCCUGCCCUAGCGGCAGCGAUGACCGAUCCAGACAACUUGGCCAUGCUGACUCAGCGCCCCUGUCUGGGGAACCUUCCGCCACUUGAGUGGCACGGCCUGCUCCAGUCCACGUUGGGCACAAUCCAGCCACGAGGGUGUUCGGACUACGUCACCCUCAUGUGCGGCUCGUGCGCCAACGAAAACGCCUUCAAGGCUGCCUUCAUUUGGUACAUGACCAAGCUCCGAGGUGGCUGUCCCCCCAGCGAACGCGACAUGCAGUCCAGCAUGGCUAACACGUGCCCUGGGUCCCCCGCGCUGUCGAUUUUGUCGUUUCAAGGCGGGUUUCAUGGCCGACUUCUCGGGUGUCUCUCCGCCACGCAUUCGAAACCAAUCCACAAAGUCGACAUUCCCGCGUUCGACUGGCCCGUGGCCCCGUUUCCAAGGCGUCGGUACCCACUCGACGCUCAUCAACGUGCAAAUGACGACGACGAAGCACGAUGCUUGAGCAUCGUCGAGGACAUCUUGACGGCCCACAACAAGGCGACCACCGAAUCGACGCAGAUCGCAGGCAUCAUCGUCGAGCCCAUCCAAGCCGAAGGCGGCGACAACUAUGCGAGUCCUGCCUUUUUCCGGGCGUUGCGUCAGCUCGCGUCCGACUACGGCGCGGCGUUCAUCGUGGACGAAGUUCAGACGGGCGGCGGGAGCACGGGCAAGUUCUGGGCCCACGACCACUGGGACCUCGUGGACCCCCCCGACCUCGUGACGUUUUCCAAAAAGCUGCAGACGGGAGGGUACUUUGCCAAGCCCGAGUUUCGCCCGGCCGAAGGGUACCGCAUCUUCAACACGUGGAUGGGGGACCCGUUGAAAAUGAUCCAGCUGCAAGCAUUUCUCAACACGAUGCGCCAGGAUAAGUUGCUCGCGACGGUGGAAAUAUCUGGCCGCGUGUUACUCAACGGGCUCCAGCGCCUGACGGAAGCAUAUCCAGGGCAACUCAGCAACGCGCGCGGGAUUGGGACGUACGCAGCCGUGGACUUUGCCACGACGGCCGCGCGAGAUGCCAUGAUCACCAAGCUGAGACAACGUGGGUUGGAGUGCGGCGGGUGCGGCGACCUGGCGCUGCGCUUUCGACCAGCUCUGAUCUACCAACCGAAACAUGCGGCGGAAUGCCUCGAGAUCCUCGAUGAUGCGUGUGCGUCUAGCAAGUAAUAGCUGCAUGAAAGGGUCGACAAUGCUCGAGGAAAGGACGGGAUCUCCUUAAAAGCGAACAUUACUUGUUCUUCUCCACCAAAUCUUGCAACGCCGCAUAGUUGGCGCCGACGAGUUCACCGAUCUUGACGGAGUCCUUGUACAGAUGGAACGUUGGCAUGGCGGAGAUACCAAGCUCGCCGCUGCAAUUGUCGCUCUCGUCGACAUCGAUUUCGAAGAAGACGACCGUUGGUUCCGCCUUGGCCAAAUCGUGGACACGCGGCUUGAUGGCUUGGCACGGGCCGCACCACGUGGCCGUGAAGUCAACUACGACCAACUUCCCUUGGUACUCGGGCUUGGCAAUCUCGGCCUUGAAGUCCUUUGCGCUGUCGAAGGUGUGAACGCGAACUCCCGUCAUGAUGAGAACUGUUGGCAAGAAUGGCGAAUCCGCAAUUUUUCUAAUAAUUUGAGUAGGACUUGAUUGAACUCGCA